UUGCACGAACAAAAAGCAACAACAAUAACAACAACAACAACAACAGCAGCAAUAGAAGACCCCUCACAUAAUGCUCGCACAUUUUUCUUCUGCCUUUGCCCGCAGGAUAGCAAAAAGGAAAUAACGUCGCUGAUACGCACACACAAUUAGUUGCGCUGAAUGGCACGGACAACGAAGACGAGGACGACGACUUAGAAAAGGCAACGCCACUUGCAUUAAAAGCACGCAACUCGGACCACAUACACACACAUACACUUACACCAACACCAACACCAAUACCAAUACCAACCCAAACUCAAAUACAACCACAAACUCACACAGACAGCUAAAAUGUCGGAGGCAACAUCGUUUGAAAUGGGCUCGGUCGAUCGACCACCAAAUCGUUUUCAAGUGAAUCCUGUAAACCAUCAUAAGAACAAAACUGACAACAAUGGCAGUCGAAGGUCACAUGAUGGUGAUGGUGGCGGUGGUGGCACAGGAGGUGGGGGCGCAGAAAGUGAUGCCCCGCAUGAAGUUUACCGCCGAUUGGUCAACAGCGAUGGGGAACCGCUUGAGGACGACACAUUCGAUGCCACACAAGUGCUUAAAAAACAGCAGCCAAGAAUACAACGGCAAUCCAUCAAAAGCAGUUUUCGCGACAAGGAUAAGCCCUCACGUUUCAAGGACCUGCAGACUACGACUCGCUUUCAAGUCGAGCCACAAAAUGUGGACACGGACGACUCAAAUGAUUCGCAAGAGGAGCGUGAACUUCUGGACAAUGAAUACGAUACAAAAUAUGGUAAAAGUUUUCGGCACUUCACACGUGAGGCGUUGCCCCGCCUCGACAACUACCGGAACAUGAUGUCCAUACAGGCCGCAUACCGUCCAACGCUCGAUGAGCUUCACAAUGCCACGCUGGUUCGAAAGAACACGCACAGCUUGACACGCAAUCAGGAUCUGGAGUCGGGCAUCAUGAAUGGCAUGCUUAAAUUUGGCUGGAUCAAAGGUGUCCUUGUACGCUGCCUGCUAAACAUCUGGGGUGUGAUGCUCUUCCUCCGCCUCAGCUGGGUGGUCGGCCAGGCGGGCAUUGUAGAAGGCUUCCUAUUAAUACUGACUACGACCGUUGUCACGACCAUAACUGCGUUGUCAAUGUCGGCGAUAAGCACUAAUGGUGUCAUCAAAGGAGGCGGCACCUAUUACAUGAUAUCACGUUCACUGGGCCCGGAAUUUGGUGGCUCCAUUGGCCUGAUAUUCUCGUUGGCGAAUGCCGUUGCCUGCGCCAUGUACGUUGUGGGCUUCUGUGAGAGUAUGCGGGAUCUGAUGCGCACAUUUGGUGGAAAAAUUAUUGACGGUGGCAUCAUGGAUGUUCGCAUCAUAGGCAGCGUCACCAUACUGCUGCUUUUGAUAAUCGUUGUUGUUGGCAUGGAGUGGGAGGCCAAGGCACAAAUUGGAUUGCUCGUCAUUUUGCUGGCAGCCAUUGCGGACUUCAUAAUUGGCAGCUUCAUUGGGCCCAAGAGCGAUUUGGAGUUGGCCAAGGGCUUCCUCGGCUACAACGCCAUGAUAUUUAAACAAAAUAUGUUUGCGGACUAUCGCCUGGAUGACGACGUCCAUCAUGAUUUCUUUUCCGUGUUCGCCAUCUUCUUUCCCGCAGCCACAGGCAUUCUGGCUGGCGCCAACAUCUCUGGAGAUUUAAAGGAUCCUCAAAAAUCUAUACCCAAGGGCACGAUUUUAGCCAUCAUUAUAACAACGGGCACUUAUCUGCUCAUGGUGCUGAUAUGCGGCGGCACGGUGGCUCGCGAUGCCACCGGCAACAUCACCGACGUCGUAAAUGGCUCCUUCGCCUUCUUGGACUGUCUGCCGGGCGAAUGCGACUAUGGAUUGCACAAUUCAUUCCAAGUGAUUGAGCUGGUCUCGGGCUUUGGUCCUCUCAUCUAUGCCGGCUGCUUUGCUGCCACCCUAUCCUCGGCCUUGGCCAGCUUGGUCUCAGCGCCAAAGGUGUUUCAGGCACUGUGCAAGGAUGAGCUUUAUCCGAAAAUUGUUUGGUUCGCCAAGGGCUUUGGCAAGAAUAACGAGCCCGUGCGCGGCUAUGUGCUGACCUUUGUCAUAGCUGUGGCCUUCAUACUCAUAGGUGAGCUGAAUUUGAUAGCGCCGCUUAUAUCGAAUUUCUUCCUGGCCGCCUACAUGUUAAUCAACUUCAGUACAUUCCAUGCCAGUCUGGCCAAGCCAGUCGGCUGGCGACCCACCUUCAAGUAUUACAAUAUGUGGCUCAGUCUGGUGGGCGCUGCGCUUUGUGUGGCAGUCAUGUUUCUCAUUUCAUGGGGAACUGCGCUCAUCACGUUUGGAGUGGUCCUGGCGCUGUACUUAAUCGUCGCCUAUCGGAAGCCGGACGUCAAUUGGGGAUCGACCACCCAGGCGCAAACUUAUAAGAACGCUUUAAUGUCGGUGCAGCAGUUGAACAAUGUGGAGGAGCACGUAAAGAAUUAUCGACCGCAAAUACUCGUGCUCUCCGGCUUGCCCAACACACGGCCAGUCCUUGUGGACUUCGCCUAUAUGCUGACCAAAAACCUGUCCUUGUUGGUGUGCGGCCAUGUGUUGCGCGGCUCCAGCUCCACUACCCAGAAGUAUCGCAAUUACUUACACGACCGAGCCAGUAGCUGGUUCCGGAAACAUCGCGUCAAAGGCUUCUACGCUCUGGUCGAUGGUGAGGACUUUGAGGCCGGCACUCGGGCACUUAUGCAAGCCUCGGGCAUUGGCAAACUGAAGCCAAACAUUAUACUAAUGGGUUACAAGGCCGAUUGGCAGACAUGCGAGCACAAGGAGCUCGUGCAAUAUUUCAAUGUGAUGCACAAGGCGCUGGACAUGUAUCUAUCUGUGGCCAUAUUGCGCAUACCAUCCGGCUUGGACUGCGCCCAAUUGUUGGGCGAUGAGUGUAGCAGCGUGCAACGCACUCUUGUCGAGGUGCCCCGCACCUUGCAGCCAAACGAGAGCUCUGGCGAUUUGCAGACGGUGGAGCGCAGCGCCCAGAAUGGGCUGAGUGGAAGCAUGGACUCUUUAAGUCGCAAUGUGUCGCAAGAACGACAACGAUGCGAUAACAACACCUUAGAUGCUGGAAACGACUUAGUCCAAGCAGAGAAUGGCAAUAGUCUGAAGCUGGUCAAAACCUCCAGUACCAGCGACCUGAGCUUCAUUGCCAGCACUCAAACGAAAGAUGUUUCCGGUCUGCCCGAUCCACAGGAGGCUAAGACAGCCAAUGUGCUUCCCAAUACAUUGCGCAAAUCGAAGCAAAAACACGACGAUCCCACGUCCCUCUACAAGGGUCCCGGUGGCGUGGAGCUCUCCAAGGACGUGCUGGCUGAUUUAACGCAAUUUACGCGUAAACGCAGCCAUGCUGUUAUCGAUGUCUGGUGGCUGUACGACGACGGCGGUCUAACACUGCUGCUACCCUAUAUUAUAAGCACGCGGCGCACCUGGCAAUCAUGUAAAUUGAGAGUCUAUGCGCUGGCAAACAAAAAGGCCGAGCUUGAAUUCGAGCAGCGCUCUAUGGCUAGUUUACUGUCGAAAUUUCGCAUUGAUUAUUCGGAUCUGACGCUGAUUCCGGACAUAACGAAGAAGCCACAAGAAACAUCUACACAGUUUUUCAACGAACUCAUUAAGGACUUUGUGGUCAGCGAUAAGGAGAAUGGCCUCAGCACCAAAUUGCCGAACAACGUUACCGAAGAGGAAGCACUAAUUAGUGACGAUGAUUUGCUGGCUGUGCAGGACAAGACAAAUCGUUAUUUGCGUUUGCGUGAAUAUUUGCGUGAGCAAUCGACCAAAUCGGACUUGGUGGUCAUGACGUUGCCAAUGCCGCGCAAGAAUAUUGUAACCGCACCCCUCUACAUGGCCUGGCUGGAGAGCCUGAGUCGGGAUAUGCCGCCAUUCCUGUUUGUGCGUGGCAAUCAGACGAGUGUAUUGACGUUCUACUCGUAAUUGAAAAAAGAAGAUGGCAGCGUGCACCGCUUUUAUUUUACUUACACAUACGCAGGCACGUAAUUCUCACAACCACAAGCAAACACACACAGACACUCACACCCUCAAACUCGCUUAGUUGUACAUUAAAGUUGAAUGUAAAUAGAUUGCCGCAGCUCUUAAUGCUGCUUAUUGAGCGCGCACAGCAAUAAACAAAUCGACACACAAACACACACACACACACACACACACACACACA